AUGUCCUUCCUCUUCAACCGGCUUCCCAAGCUCGACACCUCCACCUCCCUCUCCCGCGGCAAGAACAACAGCCUGUCGCCCCUGCAGCAGAGGAAGAUGCAGCAGGAAGUGGCCAUGACCCCGGUUUCCACUGGCUGUCGGACGCCUGCAGAGGCCGUCUCGCGAAUCGCAUAUCAGGCCAGUGAUGUAAUUGUCAGCGUACAGCCGUCUCUGGCUGUCGACUCCGAGUUCUCGGUCCACCUCAAGAGAUACCAUGGCAGGAGAGACAAGAGCCUGGUUGCAAAGAACGUCGACAGUGUGCCCGAGGUUAUCUCCAUAAGGCACAACGCUGACCCUUUGCUGUCGGUCUUCGAGCCGGCACGGAACGGCCUCUUGGUCUCCGUCACCACAAGCUCUAGGAUCCUCCUCGCCUCGGUUGGCCACUUAUACAAGCUUGCCAGCUACCCCGUCGUCAUCCACGUGGCUCUCCACCCAGACCAAUUCCCAGAUUACUCCGCCAUCACCUCGAUAAGGAAUACAGGAUGGUCAUUCCUCCAGUCCGAGUCGCUUCAGGAGGCGCAGGAUAUGGCUCUGACCGCCCACGCCCUCGCCAUCCGGUCAGGCAAGGGUGUGGUCCACUUCUUCAGCCCCGCGACCUCUCAGAACGACAAGCCAAUCGAUUUCGAGACACGGAGCGUGCUGCGUGAGAUCCUGAACCAGGACUAUGUGCGGCGGAUCCAGAACUCCACCAUUCCGGGAGCCGGCAUAUAUGCCGACGACGGAAGGGUCGCCCUGGCCGAAGACCUCAUUGACCUCGGCCAGGAGGCCAGCUCUCCCAGGUCGCCCCCUCCCAACGGCCUCGCCGUGCCCGAGUUGGAGGGCAAGAUCUCUUCUGUCACAUCAGAGAAGUCGAGCCAGCAGAGCGUGACCAGCAGCCCACCAAGUGUAUCUUCGGCAACCACCGUCGAGGCUCAGCCCCCAGCAGUCACCUCAGAGCACAUCUACAACUAUGUCACUCUCAUUUGGGCCCAAAUCAAGAAACUACUCGGCCGUGAGUACCAUGUCUUCGAGUACUCUGGGUCCCCUACUGCUGAGACUUGCCUGUUUAUUUUCGGCCUGGAUGCUGGCUUGUUUGGCGAUACGAUCGACAGAGCGCCCCCGUCAGAGGGUUUCGCAAAUUGUGCCAUCAUCACGCCCCGGCUGUAUAGGCCUUGGCUUGGAGUCAAGCUGAUCGACAUCCUGCCCAAGUCUGUCAAGAAGGUUGCCGUGUUGGAACAGAUCUCCAAGAAGACGACCAAAUGGGGCCCAAUCCUCAUCGACGUGCUGACCUCUCUGAGGAGUGGCAUGGGAGGCGUCGACACCAUUGUUGGCUACCACCUAGGCUAUAUCAACCACGAGACAGUCCAACAGGCCCUGCGCGGAAUCUACCAAAACCUGAUCGCGGAGAAGCCUAUUCAGAACCUGGACGUUGGCUCAGCGCGCGCUCCGGAGGGAAACUCACCUUACGAGCUGGAGACGCCCAAGCUUGAGACCGCCUACACCAAGAUCUUGGACCAGCUCUUUGGCUCCAGGGUAUUCCUUGCGAACUCUCUCAAGUCUGACAAUGCCGGAGUGUCGGCCACAAUAUCUGCCAGCCCAGAGUAUGGAUUCGGCUCUUUGUUGGCACGCAAGGAGAAGAGGUCAAACUUUAUCGCAGACGUCAAGGAGUCCGCAGUCUCGGGCACGUUCCUGACGGAAACCCCGAAGCGCUCACUGGCUCAGUGGGCUGCACAUGUCGAGGACCCUUCCAAGGUAGACCAGUUCGCAGAGGACGCUGUUUCUGCUCUAGAGACCGACAACUCAACCCUCUCCCGCAAGCUUCUCACCAACAAGGGCUUCUUCCGCAGGGAGUCUCUCUGGCUUGUUGGAUCUGACGCGUGGUCGUACGACCUCGGAAACUCUGGCGUGCACCAUGUUCUGGCGUCUGGCGAGAAUGUGAACAUGCUCAUCAUCGACUCGACACCGUACUCCGAGCGAGUCGCCACCGACGCCGCCCGGAGGAAGAAGGAUAUUGGCUUGUACGCCAUGAACUUCGGCAACGCGUACGUUGCGUCGACAGCGGUCUACAGUUCCUACACCCAGGUCUUGCAGGCCAUGGAUGAGGCCGACAAGUUUGAUGGGCCAUCUAUCGUUCUGGCAUAUCUGCCAUACAACGACGAGCAUGACUCGUCCCUCACCGUGCUUCAGGAGACGAAACAGGCCGUCGAUAUUGGUUACUGGCCUCUGUACCGUUGGAACCCGAAGAACGAGCUCAAGGGUGAACCGAACUUCUCCCUGGAUUCUGAGCGAAUCAAGAAGGAGCUAAAGGACUUCUUGGACCGUGAUAACCACCUCACCCAGCUCAUGGCUAAGGAGCCCAAGUUUGCGCCUGUGCUCUCGGAGGACUUUGGUACCGAGAUUCGUGCUCAGCAGAAGCGAAAUGCCAAGGAUGCAUAUAAUAAGCUUCUCGAGGGCCUGCAGGGUGCGCCUCUGACAAUUCUUUUCGCCUCAGACGGUGGUAACGCUCAGUCUCUCGCUAAGCGACUUGGGAACCGAGGUAAGGCACGUGGCCUCAAGACUACUGUCAUGGCAAUGGAGGACUAUCCAGUGGAAGACCUACCCACGGAGGACAACAUUGUCUUCAUCACCUCGACCGCCGGUCAAGGAGAGUUCCCACAGAACGGCCAUGCCUUCUGGCAGGGUAUCAAGGACAGCACCGAGCUGGACCUGGCCACUGUUAACUACUCUGUCUUCGCCCUUGGUGAUAGCCACUACUGGCCGAGGAAAGAGGACAAGAUCUAUUACAACAAGCCUGGAAAGGACCUAGACAGGAAGCUGUCUGACUUUGGUGCAAAGCGCUUGGCUGAGAUCGGUCUUGGCGAUGACCAGGAUCCUGACGGGUACCAGACUGGAUACAAUGACUGGGAGCCACUUAUCUGGCAGGCUUUGGGCGUUGCGAAUGUCGAUGGCCUCCCCGAGGAACCACCUCCACUCACCAACGAAGACAUCAAGCUGGCUUCCAACUAUCUCCGAGGCACCAUUGUCGAGGGCUUGAACGACCCCACAACCGCUGCCAUUUCUGCGGCUGACCAGCAACUCACCAAGUUCCAUGGUACCUACAUGCAGGACGACAGGGACAUCCGAGACGAAAGGAAAGCCCAAGGCUUGGAGCCUGCUUACUCUUUCAUGAUCCGCUGUCGCUUGCCAGGUGGUGUCUCCACGCCGCAGCAGUGGGUCCAGAUGGACGACAUCGCCAACACACUCGGAAACGAGACCAUGAAGCUGACCACACGACAAACGUUCCAAUUCCACGGUGUUGUGAAGGGGAAGCUCAAACCAGCGAUGCAGGCUAUCAACCGGGCUCUCAUGACGACGAUUGCCGCUUGCGGUGAUGUAAACAGAAACGUGAUGUGCAGCUCGCUUCCUACCCAGUCAAAGUAUCACAAGGAAGUCCAUGAGUGCUCGAAGCGCAUUAGUGAUCACCUUUUGCCUUCUACAUCCGCCUAUCACGAGAUCUGGCUGACAGACGACGAUGACAAGAAGACGCAGGUUGCGGGUGAUGCGGUGCAGGAUUUCGAGCCCCUGUACGGGCCCACAUACCUGCCCCGGAAGUUCAAGAUCACCAUUGCCGUCCCACCACACAAUGACACUGAUGUCUACGCACAUGACAUUGGUCUCGUUGCUAUCAAGGGUGACGACGGCCACCUACUUGGCUUCAACCUGAUGGCCGGCGGUGGUAUGGGUGCCACGCACAAUAACAAGAAGACGUACCCGCAAACAGGACGUAUGCUGGGCUUUGUUACACGCGCGGAUGUGCACAUCGCCUGCGAGAAGGUCAUGCUGGUGCAACGUGACCACGGAGACCGCACGAACCGCAAGCACGCGCGUCUCAAGUACACCAUUGACGACAUGGGCGUCGAUGUGUUCAGGAGCAAGGUUGAGGAGCUGUGGGGCAAGAAGUUUGCACCCGCCAGGCCAUUCAAGUUCGAGUCCAACGUCGACACAUUCGGAUGGCAGAAGGAUGAGACGGGGUUGAACCACUUCACCUUCUUCAUCGAGAACGGACGAAUCGAGGAUACGGCCGACUUCCAGAUGAAGACCGGCCUCCGCGAGAUUGCCAAGUUGCACAAGGGCGAGUUCCGUUUGACCGGCAACCAGCAUCUGAUUCUGUCUAACGUUGCCGACGAGGACCUGGAUUCCAUGAAGGCCCUCAUGAAGAAGUACAAGCUCGACAACGUCAAGUUCUCUGGGUUGCGUCUUUCGUCGUCCGCCUGUGUGGCGUUCCCGACCUGUGGCCUGGCCAUGGCCGAGUCGGAACGGUAUCUGCCCGUGCUUAUCUCCAAGCUAGAGAGCACGCUCGAGGAGAACGGCCUGCGACAGGACUCUAUUGUCAUGAGAAUGACGGGUUGCCCCAAUGGUUGCGCACGACCCUGGUUGGCUGAGGUCGCUUUCGUCGGCAAGGCCUAUGGCGCGUACAACAUGUACCUGGGUGGCGGUUACCAUGGCCAGCGUCUGAACAAGCUGUAUCGGUCAAGCAUCAAGGAGGAUGAGAUCUUGGCCAUCAUGAAGCCCCUUCUGAAGGAGUAUGCUCUCGAGAGGGAGGAAGGUGAGAGAUUCGGCGACUUCUGCAUUCGCAAGGGUGUGAUCAAGGCGACGACGGAUGGCAAGAACUUCCACGAUGAUGUUGCCGAGCUGGAAGAGGAUGACGAGUAG